AUGGAUUACAACCCAAUUUCAUACACAACAACCGAGAAACCCAAUGAAGCAUCUUCCAUUGCUUCCGACACAAAAAGGCCACAAUACGAUCUAUCGCAGCACGUCCCACAACCUCCACACCCCAACGAAUCCCCUGUCGACGCGCCCCUCGCACCAACACCAUCCAGCCCAUCAGCAACCCAAAUUUUCGGAAACCAACAAAUUACACCUCUCCUAUACCUUGACCAUUCAAUACUGGCUUCCCUACAUCAACACCACCACCUACUAUCCAACCUACCGCCUGCCCUCAGAGAAAAAUUAGCCUUGCAACACUAUCGCGACGACAAACCUACUCAUCCAAGUGACAGCCAACCUGGAAUUAACGUGUGGCGCUGCUCACACUUAGAGUGCCGUCAUGUCAACGAAUCACUAGUGACGCGAGCAUGGGAACACAACCAAAAGGGUAUCGUGUGGUACCGGGAUAAAUGUAAAAUGUGUCAUAAGUCGGCGACGCGUUAUGCACAAUUUCUGCAGGUCAAGCUGAUUCCGAGUGCGGAGGAGGAGAGGGGUGGGGAGAAAGAGGAGGAGGAGAAGCUUGAUCGUAUGGCGGUAGAGGUCGUAAAUAAUUAUCUUAAAGCGGUGAAAGAAGAGAGGAAGCGUAGGGCGGGAGAGCAAGAGCUGAAGGAUAAGGCGGGUGUGGAGGCAGAGGAGCGUGCAGAUAAGGUGUAUGGGGAUUUGGAUAUGCCGGGGAUUGGCUACCAUGAGAGAGAUGGGGGCUUGGAAGAUGAUGAUUUUGACUGGGUGUAG